AGCCGCGAAAGCAGGUAUUCGCUCUCCGAGCCCACAGCACAAGCGCAAGUCCACGCCCCCACCACUCACUGUCGACAUGUCUGGACGCGGCAAGGGAGGAAAGGUGAAGGGGAAGUCAAAGUCCCGCUCCAGCCGUGCCGGCCUGCAGUUCCCCGUGGGCAGGAUCCACCGUCUCCUGAGGAAGGGCAACUACGCCGAGCGCGUGGGCGCCGGCGCCCCCGUGUACCUGGCGGCCGUCAUGGAGUACCUGGCCGCCGAGGUGCUCGAGCUGGCCGGCAACGCGGCCCGCGACAACAAGAAGACCCGCAUCAUCCCCCGCCACCUGCAGCUGGCCAUCCGCAACGACGAGGAGCUGAACAAGCUCCUCUCCGGCGUCACCAUUGCCCAGGGAGGUGUGCUGCCUAACAUCCAGGCGGUGCUCCUGCCCAAGAAGACCGAGAAGAAGUAAUCGCCCUCGGCCUUUCAGUACCGUUUAAUCCGGCUCCCCUUGGGAGCCACACCCUUUUCCAAAAAGAGACUUCUGGACACACACCCUCAACUACAUAGUGACAUUCCUAGGUCAAUUCCUGCUGAUAUUACUAGGAAGAAGACCCUCAGUCAUGACAACAAUUAACAACCCCCGAGUCUGGCAGGCUUCCCACAGUUAGUUUGUUUGUUUUCUUCAUGGCAGGUAAGGGACUCCUCUGCUGACAACAACCACAACCCACAAAACAUAACAUAACAAAUAAAAAAUAAAAAAAAACGCAAAACAGAGCCGGGAGGUAGGUGCUGCAGGUCGUUGAGACGAUGAUGGCCGUCGUGCAGAUCAGAUGCGGCGCUGCCCCCGCCGAGAUGAAGUAGGUAGGUAGGUAGUAGCUGGGUGGGCUCCGACCCGCUGUGGCCUGUGGAGUAGGUCCGGAAUGAGUAAAAUGAAUCAGUCAGUCACUGACGUCAUGUAUGAUCCCCUGCCUCACCCGAGAAAGCAUGCAUCGGUUUGUACCUUCACCUUCACACGGUAUAGUUUAACCCAACCUAAACAUCCGGUCUCACACACAGGUGCUAGGUGGCGAGGUAGACCCUGAGGAGAAGAAGAAAACGUUUGGGAGGGUAAGCUAAACUAAGUGCAAAAGCACCAGGGCCAGCCAGCACAGACACUGCCAUACAGGAGUCUCACCUCGCGCUAGCUAAUAAGAAUUAGAUUUAGAAUUAGAAGAACACACACACACACACACACACACACACA